AUGGACAUUCGUUUGAGAGAGCCAAUGAGCCGUUCAGAAAAAUCAAUGAAGCCCAAAGUUUCAGAGAAUAUCAAGAAAAUUAAAGAACAACUUGUUCAGCAUAAAGAAUGCGUCUUGUCUUUAGAACAAAAACUUGGAAAAAUGAAAACGCAAGUAGACACGUUGAAUAGGGAAAAUGAAAUUUUUCAACAGGUGGCACAGCAAUUUCGUUCCGAAGUUGAACAACUUAAAAAAGAAUUGGCACAAAAAAACGACUUAAUAAUUGAACACGCAUCAUUAAAAACCGAUCUUAAACGAAUUCGAACAGAAAACGAUAAAUUAGGAAAAAGAAUUAAUUCACUUGAAGUACUUAAAAGUCAGCUGGAACUCAAAAUACAAGAAGGUGAGGUCGCGAUUAAUAUAAGAGAAAGUCAGGAGAAAGAAAUAACUCAUUUAAAAAAUGAACUUGAGAAGAAAGAAGAACAAUUCAAAAAGGAUCAAUCGGAUAAAGCUAUCAUUGAUUCCAAAAUAAUUAAAUUGCAAAGAGAUUUCAGUACUACAAAGAUCGAGAAUACACGAUUAUUGAAAGAACUUGGUCAACAGAAUAAAGAGGUGCUUAAUUUACAAAACCAGAAUACUGAAAUAGAAAGAUUAAAAAACGAAACCAAAAAUCUUCAACAGAAAUUAAAUGAUUCCAAAGAUCUUCAACAGAAAUUAAAUGAUUCCAAAAAACAAGUUUCAACUUUACAGCGCGAAAAUAGAGAGAUACUUAAUUUAAAAAAGCAAAAUUCUGAGAUCGAAAGAUUAAAAAUCGGAAACAAAGAUCUUCAACAAAAAUUAAAUGAUUCACAAAAACAAGUUGUAACAUUACGGCAUGAAAUUAAUUUAUCGUCCAAAGCUUCGUCUCAAAGCAAAAGUGAUACAGAUCAACGUGUAAGUGUUUUAAUAGAAAAAAUUCAAUCCAUGAAACAAGAUAUUGAAAACUUAGAAACCCAAAAGAGGGCCUUACAAGAUCUUGUGACUGUACAACAAGUAGAAUUAUUGAAAUCACAACAAUCUAAAAAAUCAGAAUUACUUUCACAAGUUAAUGAAAUUGAAAGAUUUUACAACAAAUCUAAGGAAUUUACCUCUCAGGAUAGUAUAUCAAAAUCAUCUAUGCAGACUUCCGAAGAGCGAUUGUCAGAAUCUAUUGCUUCAGGGAAAAAUGUACAAAUUUUAAUUUCUAAAAAAGAUUCAACGAAAGCUAAAGAUAAUUUAAACAAAUCUAAACGAAACAAUGCUCAAGAUACUGUUCUUUCAGUCUUUGGGACGACAAAAAAUAAUACGGGUUUAAGAAAAAGGAAAGCAACAGGAAUUGUAUCAUCAUCAUCUACGAAUAGUUUGUUGAAAAAGAUGACUCAAUCUAAGAAAAGAAAAAUUGAUAAUAAAGCCGAAAACAAAUCAUUGAAAGCCAAAGUAUCCUUUGACCGUAUCGAUGAUUUAGAUUUCAUAAAAGAGACGAUCAAUAAUUUUAGGCUAUCAUCACAAGAUUCAUUACAAUUGAUGGAUAUUUUGCGACAAUUCGCAUAUGAAAAAAGUUCAAUUUUUCUUCAAGCGAUUGAUGAAUUACUCCAUAAUUUUGAUACACCAAUUUAUUUGGAUAGUGAAAACGAUGAUGAUAUAUUGAGAAAUUUUACUCGAGAAGGCGCAUUUUUAAUACAGAUACCUACUGUGUUGCUCGAUAAAGUAUUUUCGUGGGCCAAUGAAAAAACCUUAUUAGCUGGGAUUAACUCUGAUGAAAUAUUCGAUUUAGGAUACUUUUGGGAGAAAACUAAUUAUCAAUUUAUACAGUAUUUGUUUGUGAAUGUCGCGAGAAUUUGGCCUGUUACUCUCAAAAUCACUAAAAGUUUCUAUGCAAAUCCAUUUCCUUUAGAUGAAUUAUUCAUUCUACGUACAAUUGAGAGCAUUGUUGCUAGAAUUUUUAUUGAAAGAAUGCGCGAGGAAACGAUCCAUAAAAUGUAUAAUACUUUUAUUCAAUGUUGUUCUUGGACUGAGCCACACCAAGUUCUGCCUUUGAAAGAAAUUUUGCAAAAUUUAGCAGAUAUUCUACAGUCUGAAGAAUUUCAUGAUCGUUGUUCCAAAGAGUAUUUCCAAGAUCAAUUUCAAGAGUAUCGAUUUAACCUUGUCAAGUCUUGUGAAUUAGCUGCUACUUGGUGGCGAUGGGAUGAUGUAUUCGAACGAUUUAUUGGGCAAAUUUUGUGGCCACUGGUUAAAGAUGAGAAAGGAAAUAACACUCCUUUGGAGAUUAUUGGGGAAGUUUGUCGUCCAAGAUUAUCUGAACGCGAAGACAAAAUGGGUGUCGUUGAAAUAAGAGAAAGAAUAACUUUAUCAUUAGAUGAGUGUUGUCCUGUUUCCUUUACAUUACAAGUUCAAGCAGCACAGGUUUUGGUCAAAUUAGCAAAUGGAAAUCCACGAUAUUAUCAAGAUGUACUUUCUUGGUAUUUAAAUUUGGAAAAAGAAAAAUCACGACAGUUAUCCAAAUCUUUUACCGAUGAUUUGGAAUAUAUUCAAACAUAUAUAGCUAAUUACAGCAUCAAGAUUGCAUCUACAGUAGCGGUUUAG